AUGUGCUUCAAGUUCCGCGAGUGGCUCGUGGGCAAGGAAAGCAGUGAGAACGUUGGUCUUGCCAUGGUUAUCAAGCAACCCAUCAAGGCGAACGAAAUCGACCGCAUGUACAUGGUUGGGAACGCCAGCGGGUUGAACUGCCUCAUUUUUGACGACAUGAUCGACACGGCCGGGACGCUGGGUAAGACGUCGCAGCACCUGUCCGACCGCGGUUAG